AUGCUGGUCACAGUGUACUGUGUGCGCAGGGACCUCUCCGAGGCGACCUUCUCCCUGCAGGUCAGCCCUGAGUUCGAUCUCCACAACUUCCGCCUCCUCUGCCAGCUGGAGUCCGGCAUCCCCGCCGAGGAGACGCAGAUCAUCUUCAUGGAGCGCAUCCUCGUCGACGACCACUGCUCGCUGGGCUCCUACGGCCUCAGAGACGGCGACAUGGUGGUUCUGCUCCAGAAGGACAACGUGGGGCGGACAGCGAGCCUGCCGCUCGUGGACUUCGCUGCCAUGGCCACGCCGGGGACCUCCAGCGCCCGGGGGCAGCAGCAGCAGCAUCACCAUCAUCAUCACCAUCAUCAUCAUCAGCAUCCGCAGAAGCAUCCGCAGCAUCAUCAGCAUCAGCAGCAGCCUCCACGGACACAGUCGGCCCGGCAGUCCGGAGGCUUGGCCUCUGGGGAGAUACCUUCGGCUCACGGAGUGGAAAGCCCGGCCCUGAUCCGGAGCAUGCUGCUCUCCAACCCCCACGACCUGUCCCUGCUGCGGGAGCGCAACCCCCCGCUGGCGGAGGCCCUGCUCAGCGGGGACCUGGAGACCUUUGCCCAGGUCCUGACGCAGCAGCGGCGGGAGCGGGACCUGCGGGAGCGGGAGAAGCUGCGCCUCUACUCCGCCGACCCGUUCGACCUGGAGGCCCAGGCCCGGAUCGAGGAGGAGAUCCGGCAGCGGAACAUCGAGGAGAACAUGAACAUCGCCAUGGAGGAGGCCCCCGAGAGCUUCGGGCAGGUGGCCAUGCUGUACAUCAACUGCAGGGUGAACGGCCACCCCAUGAAGGCCUUCGUGGACUCGGGCGCGCAGAUGACCAUCAUGAGCCAGGCCUGCGCCGAGCGCUGCAACAUCAUCCGGCUGGUGGACCCGCGCUGGGCGGGCAUCGCCAAGGGCGUGGGCACGCAGCGGAUCCUCGGCCGCGUCCACCUCGCCCAGAUCCAGAUCGAGGGCGACUUCCUGCCCUGCUCCUUCUCCAUCCUGGAGGAGCAGCCCAUGGACAUGCUGCUGGGGCUGGACAUGCUCCGGAGGCACCAGUGCUCCAUCGACCUCAAGAGGAACAUGCUGGUGAUCGGCACCACGGGCACGCAGACCCCCUUCCUCCCCGAGGGAGAGCUACCGGCCUGUGCCAAGCUGGUAAAUAGUUCAGGGCAGGACGAGUCUUCAGACAAGGAAGGAACAAAUGCUAUUAGACAUCCGGUCAAGGGACCGGGACCGAAAAUGCAUUGAGACGACGGUUCCAGAAAUCAGCCAUCCCACCGGAGGGGAUCUCAAGUUCCCGGGAAUUAUUGU